AUGGAACAAGACAAAGAGCAAAUGCAUCAUCCCCUCUUUACCUCCAACUCCCAAGAUCUUCGCAGGGCAGUUUUGAUAGAGAUGGAGAAGGAGAAAAUCAGGGAGGAGAUGAUGGUUUCCGAGAUUGCGAGGAAGAGGGUCCUCGAAGCUGAGGUGAGGAGUGAGCUCUUGAGGUGGGUCCAGGCUAUGGGCGGCCGUGGUCUUCCUCUCUCGUUUUGGUCGUCUCUGCCGACUGAGUUGGUCCCGCCCACGAGACUUUCAGAUUUGGGGGAAAGUGGAAAUGGGUCUUUCUUGGAUGAAAGAGUCAGGGUGUUGAUGGACGAGGCCAAGAAGGAAAAGCACGAGGGAGUGGGGUUUGAAACGUCGCCUUUUCAUGGAAGGACGGGUGGUUUGAGAAUCCCGGAGGUUAAGCCUGUAUGCAGAGAGGGCAGUGAAGGAAAGAAACUCAUUCUUCUGGGAAAGCCUGAUGGCAAUGUGUCUGGACUUAAGGGGAAGGAAGUCAAAGCAGAUAAUAAUAAUGCCAGAUUUCAAACACUACCGUUUGUAAGUUAUGCGGAUUUGGGAGUGUCUUCAGAGAUUAAGCCUGUCCCCAGUGGGCUUGACGAGAAACAGACUGUUAAGGGCAAGCUUGAUGAGAAAAUAACGGGAUUGAAGAGGAAGUCUAUGUCACCACCACCACCACCUCAAGUGUCAAGUGGCAUCUGGAACAAAAAGCCUAAAGAGGAUUGGAGUUGUUCCAUUUGCAACAUCAACUGCACCGGCCAACGAAAUCUGGACAGUCACCUUCAGGGGAGGAAACACAAGGUGAAGGUGGCCGCACUUGGAGGCAAAAAGGCUGGUGGUCAAGUUAUGUCUCAGCACAAAGAUAUGAUGAAUCACAUGAACCGGAUUAGAGAAAAUGAUCAAGUUGUAGAGAAUGCCGUGAGUAAUGCACAGAAGGUGGAAGUUGAUAUUACUGAGGGUGAUAAAACCACCGAGGCCAGUGGAGAACCUGUUGUUGCCAGAGUUGCGGAGAUUGAGAAUAUAGCUGAAAACGAGAACAAAGGUUUGAUUAAUUAUGGUGUAAUUGUCCCAUACGUUCAGCCAUAUGCUUCCGAUGCUGGUGUGGAGAAUUUGCUCAUUGCUGAGGACGAAAAAAUGGUCGAGACCAAUGAAGAACGUGUUGUUGAUGGAGAUGGUGAGAUUGAGAACAUAACAGAAACUGAGAAUGAAGGUUCAAAUCAUUCUGGUUCAGUUGUCCCACAAGUUCAGCCACCUGCCCCUGGCCCUGAUGUUGGCUAUGAAGGGAAGACGAAGUGA